AUGGCUAUCCGAUACCCCAUGUCUGUAGACCUCAACAACAGCCACAAAGUUACCAAAAACAUUUUGAAGGUGCGACACUGCCGCUGCCGUGGGCGCUUGACCAAACACACCAAGUUUGUGAGAGAUAUGAUCUGGAAGGGGUGUGGAUUUGUUCCUUAUGAGAGGGAAUUACUAAAGGUCUCCAAGGAUAAGUGAGCCCCCUAAGUUCAUCAAAAAAAAAGGGUGGGAACUCACAUCAGGGCCAAGAGGAAGACAGAGGAGCUCAGCAACAUCCUAGCUUCCAUGAGGAAGGCUGCUGCCAAGAAGGACUAA